AGUCGAAUUCUUCUGCCUGGCAGUGGGCGGGCGGGGCGGGCGAGGUCCCGGAAACGCUUCACGGCCCUGUCUAGUGCGCUGACCCGCCCCUUCCCACACUCUCCCCCCCCCCGCCCCCCGCUCGGUCUGCACUCUGCCGGUACCACCCGGAGACGCCCCCCUCGCCUCACGCAGACGGAAAGGGGGGGGAGAGUUGCCCCACUCCACACACACACAAACACACCCCGGAAGCGACGGGGGGCUUGGCCUCCUCUGCUGCCCCCAACGCCCAGGGGCCGGAUGGGAGGGGAGCGCGAGAUGGUGCUGCUGGAACCGGCCCCCCCGCGAGCGAAGAUGCCAAAAGCAUCAGAAGAGCAUAGCCAUUGGGAAGUCGCCUGUUGACUGCUAUUUUCUUAGAGUCUUGAGGCUAACAUCAGUCUGACAUGGCACAGAGCAGCCAGCAACUCGACAUGCAAGUACUCCAUGACCUCCGGCAACAUUUCCCUGAGAUCCCAGAGAGUGUGGUGUCACAGUGCAUGCUCCAGAACAACAACAACCUUGAUGCUUGUUGUCGAGCUCUUGCACAGGAGAGUAACAAAUACCUAUACAUGGAGUACCACCCAGAUGACACUCGUUUGAACAGGAAUCGCCAUCUGCAUAUUAACCUCGGCAUCCAUCCUCACACCAGCUAUCACGGAGGGGAUGGAGCUCAACUUAAUGGUGGUCGUACACUGGUACAUAGUUCAAGUGAUGGACAUAUUGAUCCACAACACACAGCAGGUAAACAACUGAUAUGCUUAGUUCAAGAACCACACUCUGCUCCAGCUGUUGUGGCAGCUUCUCCCAACUACAAUCCAUUUUUUAUGAAUGACCAGAAUAGAAACGCAGCUACUCCUCCUUUGCAACCACCUCAGCAACCUUCUUCCAUACAACCUGGAAUGAAUACAUCUGCUAUGCAAGGCCCGCCUCCUCCUGCGUAUAUGCACAUACCUCGGUAUAGCACAAAUCCUAUAACUGUUACAGUGUCGCAGAACCUCCCAUCGGGACAGACUGUACCCAGAGCUUUACAAAUUCUUCCUCCAAUUCCAAGCAAUCCUUACGGGAAUCCUGGAUCUCUCUAUAUUAGGCAGACAUCUCAAAGUUCUUCAGGACGACAGACUCCUACUCAAAGUGCACAGUGGCAUUCAUCGCCACAAGGCCCAGUGCCCCAUUAUAGUCCACAUCCACUGCCUGUUUAUCCGCACCAACAAAACUAUCAGCCUUCUCAGUAUUCUCCAAAACAGCCCCAGAUUCCUCAGUCACCUUUUCAGUCGCCACCUGCUUCUCAGUGUCCUUCUCCUUUUGGCUCUCCUCAGCAUCAAGUUCAGCCUAGCCCGUUGGGCCAUCAAAGUUCCCAUGUGUUUAUGCCUCCUAGUCCUUCAACUGUGCUCCCCCAUUCAUAUCAACAAACACCCCAAACAUAUCAGAAACCAAGUGGACACUCAGUAUCUUAUCUUCCAUAUGGUGGACCUAGCUUAUCCAAAAGCUCCAUGAACAAGAUAGAAAUUACCGUUGAGCCACCACAAAGACCUGGGACUACAAUGAAUAGGAGCCCUUCACCUAUAAGUAACCCACCUUCCCAACGGAAUCAGCACCCACUGUACGCACCUGCUACUCCUCCUUCAAGUUCUCCUUCCAGAAGUAUGUCAGGUCAGCCCAAACCUCCUUAUAGUGUUAAUCCUUUAUAUAUAACAUAUACACAGCCAGCUGGACCUACGGGUGUGCUUACUCAGUCACCUCGGGUCAUGGUAUCUCAGCCAAAUCCAGCAGUUUUUAAAAUCACCGUAGGCAGAGCACCAGCUGAGAACCUUUUAAAUUUAGUGGACCAAGAAGAGCAUUCUGCAGCACCAGAACCAAUUCAGCCUAUUUCAGUUGUACCAGGAUCUGGAUGUGAAAGAGGAAGCCAUAAGUAUCAGAGGAGUUCCAGUUCUGGGUCCGAUGACUAUGCUUAUACUCAAGCCUUGUUGUUACACCAACGUGCAAGGAUGGAGAGGCUAGCAAAGGAACUGAAGUUUGAAAAUGAGGAGCUUGAAAAGCUCAAAGCUGAAGUGAAUGGUAUGGAACAUGAUCUUAUGCAAAGGCGUCUGAGAAGAGUAAGCUGCACAACCUCAAUCCCGACACCUGAGGAGAUGACCAGAUUGAGAAGCAAGAACAGGCAGCUCCAGAUAAACGUUGACUGUACACAGAAAGAAAUAGAUCUCCUUCAAUCUAGAGGGAACUUUGACCCAAAAGCCAUGACUAACUUUUAUGAUCAUAUAGAGCCUGGUCCUGUUGUGCCACCAAAGCCAUUUAAAAAAGAUCAUCAGAGAAGUUCCAAACAAGCUCCACGAUCACAGCCAAGAGACGAAGACUUUGAAGGAGCUCCGUGGAAUUGUAAGAGCUGUACUUUUUUAAACCACCCAGCAAUGAAUCGCUGUGAGCAAUGUGAAAUGCCGCGGUAUGCCUGAAUCCAUAAAGGUCUGCUUUGGAUUAAAAACAGGCUCUUGAGGACACAGCCAUAGGAGACAAAUAUAUGAGACACCUUUCAGUCAUCUGCCAGGCGUUUGCCAGCCAAUUAUUUCAAAUUAUAAGGGAGAGAUCCCCCUUCCAUUCAUGCUGCACUAAAUAUUAGUUUGGGGAAAAUACUCUUAUCCCACUGCAUUGAGCAAGACUGAAAGGAUACCCAAAAUGGAUUCCCUCUGUGAAGAAUGUAUAAGGAAUCAGAUGAUUGCUGCUGUUCUAGCCCCUAUAAUUACAUUUGCUGGGUAGUAGCCCUUACAUAUAUAUAUAUAUUUUUAUAAGCAUAGAACUAUUACUUUGUGGUGUGAAGUGUUACAGGUAUCCAGACAAACUGUGAAGAACCAGAUCUGAUAAUCUGGCCACAGCCGUUUGGAAAACAAAGACUCCCUAUGUUUCCAGAUUGUAAACUACUGAAAAAGAAGGAAGGUGUUUUUCUUUUUUUGGGGGGGGAGGUGGGGGUGGGCAAAAAAAGUAAAAAAUGAGGAUAUUUGUAAAUGCUGCUUUUUUCAGGGUAAUUUAAUUCUACACAAAUGCUGUUUUGAAAUUGUGGAUCAUGGUGAGGAGGGAGACGUACUGUAUGAGCCUUAUUUAUAGAGUACAAUCAGAGGUGAUUUUACAAUCCCUUUUGCUUGUACAGCACUCACCAAGUCAUGUUAACACUGGUAAUUAAGUAAUUAUAUCAUAUUACAGAGGAAAAAAAUAGUGCUGCAUGCUUUUAUUAGGCCAUUGUGUUUUAAAGCUAAAAGUAAAUUAUGCUUUUAUAAACGACGUUCCCUUAAAACUGUGCUUGAUGACAGUAGAGUGGACGUAUGCCAAAUGCAGAACUAUUCCAAAUUCUUUUUGGAAGACUUGAGCUCAGCCAUUGUUAUGUAUGAGAAGUGUUUGCACCCUUUUCCUUAGGCCUUUUCAGCUUCCAAUUAUGUGAAGAAUUCAUUAUGUUUACAGCACAGAAGGUACUUUGUGCCCCCAUUCUGAUUUAGCUGAAAAACAGUAAUCAAUAUUAGCUCUUCAAUAAAGGUUUAUUUGCACACUGUCAAUAAACCAGUCUGUAUUAAUUAGUAAGAGCAGCAGAUCUUUAAAUGCAUUUUUUUAAUAAAAAAAAUUGGGCAGUUAAUAGGCAUAAACAAAACAAAACAGAGUGGAAUUGUACUGGUACUUUUAUGCAUCUGAUUAUUAUAAAGAGGAUGUUUGAUUUGUUUGAGUGCUAGGUUGCUGAAAUAAAGCACUCUUUUGUGAAGGUUUCUUCGUUUUGAAGUUGAGUCAUUCUAUAAUAAAACUGUUCAAGAACAGUCAGACUGUUUUUUCCUCACUGAUAAAGCACUGGAACAAUGUGUGUAAUUUCUUGCACUCUUCAAUUAUAUUACUCCAAAUACUUGCACCUUGUGCAAGCAAGUUUCACAUCUUGCCCAUGUAAUAAGAUGUAGAGGUUGUCCAUGCAAAGUGGAAUUUAUCUGGUAUGUAAAAUCUUACUGAUUUAUAUCAAACAGCAAAGGAACACAGUGAAAUGAAAGGAACCAGUGUUGAGAUUUCUUUUCUAAAGUCAUGUUUUUGACACUUACAAAUUGACUGCUGAACGUCCUGAUGAAAUUUUAGGAAUUCUGCUGCUCUAAUUAAGAAUUCAGUUAUGGAAUUGUUUUGUUUUUAGGAAAUGGAAAAACAAAGAGAUAAGAAGCAUUGGGUUUUUCAGUUAAAUUGCAUCAUGUGUUUGUAACACUUGCCAUGAUUUCAUAUUGAUCCUCUUGCCUUCUUUGAACAUAAGCUCCCGUUUGGCACUAUUAGGUGCUGCCAUUGGUGAGGAAACUGAAGUCAUUUGAGUUAUGAGUAGAGAGCAUGUUUGAAAGGUAUGUACCACUUUUUCACACCUGUGUGACUUUAAUGGUUUUUGGUUGGGGAGUGCUAACCUAUCACUUCUGGGUGCAAUCCACUAUAAGUGCAUGCUUUCUGAAGUCAGUCAGUGUAGGUCCUACAGGGUCUUUGCUGUAAGCAUACAGCUCUGUGCUUUUAGGCUUUCCCUGUUUCAUUUUUUUUGGUAGGGAAUGCUCUACUGCACGUAUUAUUUCCAUAUUGUGUGAACAGUAUUUUCUGACUCAUGGGAGAUAACAGGGAAGAUACAUAUAUAAAUUGCAGUACUGCAUGGUGGAUCUGUGACCGUGUUGUUAUGGAGACCUAUUUCCUUUUACUCAUAGUUUUACUUGUGGAGUAGAAGGUGAGAACGUAGUUUGUUGUGGGGGAGAUGGUAGCUAGUGGUCAUGUUGAUUCUUAGGAGAAAACGUUAAACUAAUCAGUUACACUCGUUGAUUCCGCAAAAAAAAAAUCAAACAAAAGCAAAACUAGUGUACAUGCUGCAAAAAAGCUGCUGCAAAACUGUUGUAAAUAUCCACACUGUAAAACUGAUGAUGGUAAUAAAACUAAUUUUGAUCUGGAAGUUAUAUACGAGCAUUAGGUAUCAAUUUCCACUUGGAAUUCACUUGUGAAUAGGUGACACCAACCAAAGUGGGUUUAGGUUAUGCCAGAAUAAAUGUUGAUUGCAUAAAACCUUUGGUUAAUGUGUGAAAGACCCCAUGAUACUAAAUGCAGUGCAGUGUAUACAACUUUGAAUGUGCACAUCUGUGUGUGAUGGGCGUUUGAGGUCAUCAUGAAUAUUUAAAAUGCACUACUUCUUAGUAACAGCUGGUCUUUUCCUUGCCCAUAGAACUUGGGUCAGUACAGGGAGUACCCUUAUUGGAUGCUAGUUAUUCAAGACUGUCCAGUUUCUCAAGUAAAUGUCUGUUUAUAAAUGCCUGUUUUAUAUUUAACUGCUGGUAAAAUGAUUUCCCUUUCCAUAUAAAAUAUAAAAGCUCCUCCAAGUUUUAGUCAAUAGAAUAGCUUGUGGAAAACAUUGGAAUAUACUAUAGCAUACAAAAAUCAAAUCCUGUACUUGGAUAUAUGAUAUUGCUAUCAAGCUAGCUUGCGUAGGAAAGGAGGGGCUAAGAAAGCAACGAGAAAAUGUUUUGUGAAAUAGAUGAACUUGAGAAGUGUGUUUGUGUGUCUGUGGUAUGUGUGUUUUUCCCCGUUAUGGCAGAUGUGUGAAGCAAGUAUAUUUUUUAAAGAGCUGGUCUCAGUCAUACUACUAAGUCAAUGUUUCUUUCAGUUGUGUUAUGCUCCAUUUAUGUACUGUUCCUUCACUUCCCCACCCCUUUGAUUAUAAAUCUCUUUAAAAUUUCUUGGAUUUAGUCUUUUUGAAGACAAUUUUUUUUUAAUUUUAAAGAGAUGAUGAAAAGAUUAAACAUGCUGAUGGCUAAUGGUAUUGUGAUCUUGGCUUGAUAAACUUUUAACACAAGAAGCCUGAAACAUGUAAUUUGAAAUACAAAAUUUUACAGUGUAGUUAUUGAAGUAUCCAGCCAGACUCUCAAUUCCUCUGUCACCUGCUCAGGUGCUAUGAGUCUACAGAGAGCUGAAAAUGUGCGCAGAAAUAAAUGCAUAUUAUAGCCAAUGCUGCCUCUGUGUGCUAUCUGUCUUUCCAAAUAAUUGUUCGAAGUUGAUAUGUAUUUGAGCUAUUGACAUCUUGUUUCUGUUAUUACUGAGAGGUCUUCUUGUUUUUGAAACGAGCAAAGGCCAAGAGUCAAGCAAUAUUCUAAUUCUCAAGAUCUUUGAACAAACUUCUGAAUUGUGUUAUCUGUGACAAAGCCAAUGUAUCUGAUCUAUACUUUUUGCUCUGUUGAAGUCCUGUUAAUUUUUUUCACUAUAAAACAAAAACCACGAUCUUUUGAAAUCCUGUAAAUAGGGUGUUCCUUACAUUCUAGAUUUAUGUAUGCUGUGAAUGGAAACAAUUACUGCAAGAUGAAAUGUGUAAAGGCAUUAAGAGGCUAUGCAUGCAUGGGACCUCGGAAUGACAUAUACUGGGAGCUGCAGUUUCCUAAAAUAAAAUAAAAAAUCAAUAAACUAAGAAAAUGUAA